AUGGCAACCAACUAUCCCGCACCACCACCAAGCUACAGUGAAAGUCCUACUCCUCGUGAACCUUUACUAGCCAGAGAAUGGGAACAGGAUGUCCCAGACGACUUUAAGUAUGGUGUCUCCGUUAUGCAAUGUGAUGCUUCUAUUCGUAACGCUUUUGUUGGCAAGGUGUAUUCUAUCUUGGGUGUUCAGUUGCUCUUUUCUAUCGUCACGGGUGCUUUAUUUAUGUACAAUGAGAGUGUAAAGAAUUGGGUUCAAACAAAUAUGUGGUUGAUGUGGGUAUCGAUCAUUGGAUCCUUUGUGUCCAUCAUCGCAGUGAAUUUCAAAAGUCGCUCGUUCCCAACAAACUACAUCUUGUUGGGAGCAUUUACUUUCUUUGAAAGUUAUAUGGUUGGAGCUGCUUUGACCGUUUUCGACAAAGAAAUGGUCUUGCAGGCAUUGAUUAUCACCUUUGGAAUUUUUAUUGGCCUGACAUUAUUUACCUUGCAAUCAAAAUGGGAUUUCAGCGGCAUGGGACCUUUCCUUCUCGGAGGCCUCCUACUAUUCGUAUGCAUCGGCCUAGUCCAACUAUUUAUCCCGUUCUCGCGCAUACUCGACUUGGUCAUCGCAAUCGGCAUAGCAGUCCUCUUCUGCGGGUUCAUCAUUUAUGACACGUAUAUGCUGAUGAACACGCUUAGUCCUGAAGAGUAUGUCGUUGCGGCGAUUAAUCUUUACCUCGAUUUCCUUAAUCUGUUCCUUGCCAUCUUGAGGAUUUUGAACGAUGUUCGCGAGUGA